AAGCGCGGACUUCGCAGCCCGUCUGGAGACCGAGUCGACCGGCGUUAUGGCUAGCCCGCAUGAUGCAUACUGUAGGUAUGUGCGCACGUCAGUAUGUACACACGUAUCUAACUACCUCCAUACCUGAGAAACAUACCUUUGUUACGUGUACGGUACAUACAUGUAUGUACAUACGCCUUCAUACACAGCACUCGGUAUAGGCAUGUUCGGAUGUUCAUACAUCCCGGAAAACUGGCCGCUCCCCCGCGUCUGCGGAGGGUCGUCGCCUAUCAAUGGGCGCAUUCAGCACACCGAGUGCUAGGGGCCGCUGAACACCUGCCCGAAGCGUCCGGUUCAUCCAGGUCACUCGACGGCUCACCGCCCGGUAACUAUCACGAGGCGAGCAAGGGGAAGUUGCCUGCCCCACCUCCCGGAGCCGUCCCGAUCCCCCCUGCACACCACGAGAAAGGUUCGUUUGGUCGACGGGCCGAGACGUUGAGCGGGGGCACCUGUCAUGUCCGGUGCCGGCUCUAUUCAAGGAUGCUCACCUCCUCCUACUACAACUGGAAAAGCCAUCCUGUAAGGUGAGCCUGUGAGGCGAGUCAGCCGAACAGGGGCCGCAGUCGUCGAGGAUUUGCACUUCGCAGUCGAGAUACGAUAUGUCGACUACGAGAUAUGAUCGAUGGGCACCAUUCUGCAGGCUUUGUCCGCCGCAUGUUUUUUACCGUACGACAGACCAUGGCGACGACAUUCUGCCUACCCCGUGUGUGAACGGCGUCGGACUGCUCGGCCACCGUCGGAUUAACUAGUCGGGCUUGAUUGUUCAGAUUUCUGUCUUAAGACACCAGCUCCCUUCCUGACUAUUCGCCAUUUACUGGCCCUGGAC